AACAAAAUGGCCUUUGAAAUCACGAGGCCCAAAGCAUUGCGUAGGCCCAAUUAUGGCGGAAGACAUGAGGCGGCUAUUUCCAAUCCAGCUCAGGCGUAGUUAUUCCGGCGGCGGCGGGGAGCAGAGAGGCGAUCGUGAAUCUUUAAACGAUAAUCCUUUCACAGCCAUCUUGAUGUCCCGCAAGCGCAAUGCCAUUGUUGCCAUAGGCUUAUUGGCUUUUGCAUCUGCAGGCUUGGCUUUUCCAUUUUACAUGGCGACCAAAUCUUCCAAGAGUCCUAUCAUAGAUUCAUCAAAGCCACUGUCUCCUCAGGCGACUUUCCGAGGACCUUAUAUUAACACUGGUUCUCGUGAUAUUGGACCUGAUAAUCAAACCUAUCCAAAGAAAUAACUCAUUUAUCGGAGCACAAACUACUUACGGGCUCCAUGUAUUUGCUGCUGACUUGCAUUGCAUGAAAUAAAGGUAUGGAGUGCUUUCAUGGUGGAUAAUGUCUGUUAUUAUAUGUCGAUAUUAGUUUGAAAUUUGAAUUUGAAACUUUGUGACCAAAUUGAAUAUUGAAAUAACCUUGUUUAUGGAGAAAUGAAAAUAGACUAGAACUUCUAAGACAAAUAUUGCUUCUUCUUUUCU